AUGUUGGUUAAUACGCCUUCGAAGCCACACACUCAUACCGUCGUCUUUCUACACGGCCGCGGCGACAACGCCCGCAACUUCGCAGCCUCACUAGCUCACUCUCGCGAUUCGCGCGGGCGCACUCUUGCAGACGCAUUCCCGUCCUUUCGCUGGGUAUUUCCCCAAGCACCAACCCGCAGGUGUGCUAGUUCCCCCGACACGUGGCCGCAAUGGUUCGACGUGUGGGAUGUGCGCGAUUUUGCUGCGAACGAGGAUCUCCAGGCCGUCGGGCUGAAGGAAGUCGUGCCUGCUAUCCGCCGCAUACUUGCCGACGAGGCCGCGUUGCUCGGGGGCCGCUGGGAUCGUGUGGUGCUAGCGGGCAUUAGCAUGGGCGGUGCGACGAGCGCGCAUGUCCUGUUCAACUUGGAUGUUCCCGCGUCUGGGGGAGGGAGGCUCGGGGCCUUUGUUGGAUUCUCGUGCCGAUGUCCGUUUGCCGGUCGUAAUCUAGCCGGGAUUAGAAACGUUCUCGGCCUGGAAGGCGUCCCGGAUCAUAGCCAUGUGGUACAAAACACGCCCGUGUUGCUCGAGCACUGCGCCGAUGACCCGCUCGUCCUAGUUCAGAAUGGUCGAGGUUUACGAGAUAUAUUGCUUGCAUUUGGUGCACAGGUUGAAUGGAAAGAAUAUCCCAACGGAGGACACUGGUUCCAUUCGCCGACUGGGGGACGAUGUGGUGGAGUUUCUAAAUAG